UUCGGAAUCGGAAGUUCGCUGGAAGUGUGUUCGCUAAGACUUCUGAUGAAUUGGCCACCGAAAUAGUAUCCAAGGUGCACAAUAGUGAUAACACGUUUUUAAACACUGAAUUUAGGCAUCUAUCACAAUGGGCAAGAAAACCAAGAAGGACAGUGAGCCACCCCCAAAGGAUAUUUUUGAUCCUCUGUCGGUGGAAAGCAAACAAGCUGCCACUGUUGUGUUGAUGUUAGACAGCCCUGAGGAAGAAGUUCAACUGAAAGCAUGUGAAGCACUUUAUAAGUUUGCUGAAAAAUGUGAAGAUAAUAAAGUAUUGUUAUUAGAACUUGGUGCAAUGCCACCUUUACUGAAACUAAUCUGUGCUGAGGAUAAGAUAGUUAGAAGGAAUGCUACAAUGUCUCUGGGUGUUAUGGCUGUGCAUCCUGAAGUGAGAAAAGCAUUAAGGAAAACAGAUUUUAUUUCACAAAUUAUAAAAUUAUUGGCACCAGAAGAGGAUACCUUAGUACACGAGUUUUCCAGUCUGUGUCUAGCUGCAAUGGCUAAUGAGUUCACAAGUAAAGUACAGAUAUUUGAACAUGAUGGUAUUGAACCAUUGAUAAGACUAUUGAGUGACCCAGAUCCAGAUGUACAGAAGAACUCGGUGGAAGCAAUAUGUCUGAUGUUACAAGACUUCCAGACAAAGGCUGCUAUCAGGGAAUUAGGUGGACUACAGCCUCUAUUGGAUCUGUUAAAAUCGGAGUACCCCAUGAUCCAAGAGCUUGCCCUUGUGAGUUUGGCAAGAGCUACAGAGGAUGUAGAAAACAGGGGGGAACUUAGAGAAUUGGGAGGUCUAGAAAGACUGGUAGAAUUCAUUGGAAAUCAGGAAUGGACUGAUCUCCAUGUACAUGCUCUCUUAGUCAUGUCCAACUGUUUGGAAGAUACUGAAAGCAUGGAGUUAAUACAGAGCACUGGAGGCCUCUCAAAACUUUUACAAUUCUGUAUAGAUUCUACAUUGCCCGACGUACAACAGAACGCUGCCAAAGCAAUUGCUAAGGCUGCUAGGAACUCUGAAAAUCGUAAAAUAUUUCAUGAGCAAGAAGCAGAAAAAACUUUGAUUCAGUUGUUAGAAACUGAUAAUGCGCUGGUCCAAGCAGCUGCCUGUCAGGCAUUGGCCAUCAUGUCAGAAAAUAUACUCUCCAAGUCUACCAUUGGUGAGCAAGACGGUAUUGGUCCACUGAUCAAACUACUGAACAGUGAUCAGGCUAAUGUGAGGGAAGCAGCAUCACUUGCUUUGGCAAAUCUCACCACUUCCAGUUCAAAUAACUGCAGCGAUGUUGUUGAUCAGAAAGGAGUAGAACCACUGAUCGGUCUGCUGGGGGAUAGUAAAGAAGGUGCCCAGGCCAAUGCUGCUGUAGUACUAACCAACAUGGCAACUGACGAGAUAAUGCGAACAGAUAUCGUUAGUAAAGGAAUUGUAUCAGCACUAACAUCACCUCUACUCUCAAGCAACACGGUUGUUCAGAGUAAAGCUGCUUUAGCUGUGGCAGCAUUUGUAUGUGAUGCAGACUCCAGGACAGAGUUUCGGAAUUCAGGAGGAUUGCCAGCUUUAUGCAAGUUGUUGAGUUCAGGCAAUGAUGAAGUAAGGAGGGGUGCAUCAUGGGCUAUUGUGGUUUGUGCUACAGAUACGCCAAGUGCUAUGGAAGUCUGUAAAAUGGGUGGCUUAGAAGUAUUACAAGAAAUAGACCAGUCCACUACAAGGCAAAAUCAGUUUAGUAAAGCUGCUUUGGAUCGAUUGUUAGAUAGUAAUUUACCUGCUAAGUAUGCCUUGACGGGCAAACUUACAGCAACUGAUAUUAUACAAGAUGGAUUCUAUGAUGCAGGACAGGCCAAAUUUUACAGUUCAAUGUAUGUGUAUGAAGAUGAAAAUGGGGAGCGGCUAAAACCAACUGGUAAGUUUCUGACUUUGGAAGAAUACAGCAAACAGGAAGUGGAUUCCCGAAGACCGGUAUUGCUUGUGAACACCAAGGAGCCGGAAAGUAAAAGCAGUUCCCCAGUGCCCACCCCUUCAGAAGCUGAAUUGAAAACAGAUUCAAAAUCUUCCGUAAGCGUGAAAAGUUCCAAGGCUAAUGUGAGGAGAAAAGAGAGUAAAAAAGAAAGAGAAGAGAGGGAAGAAAGGGAAAGGGUGGAGGCAGAGAGACUGGCGGAGAUGCAAAAACAACAAGCAGAGCAACCGCCACCGUGGCACCCACCAGCUGAUACAGCAUUGGAAAAUUACAUCACUGAAGUCAUGACGCACAUUGCACCACUACCGACAACACGAGAACAAGUGACUGCUAUGGCACAAUUUGUGAGUGGGAACAUGGGAGGACCUAUUGAGAGAGGACAGUUGUCUAGUUUCAGUUAUGAGCUGCCUAUUAGUCAAAUCAAGUAUGACUUGCAGUGUAAUGUAUUACCGCUUGGUAAAAUAGUCACUGGUAUACACUACCACAGAGCUCUACUCUUCAAGGUGUUGUGUGAUCGCAUUGCAGUGGGUUGUACAUUGGUUAGAGGAGAGUACGGCAGAGCCUGGAAUGAAAUCAUGUUGACUGACGAUGAAGCGCCCGGUGCACCUAAAUUUCCUCCCAAGGAGUACAUAGUAGACUUGGUUCAUGAUCCUGGCCGACUAAUGAGAUCUGACUGUGCCGAUGCUGUAAAUUAUCAAAAACUUUAAAAUUUUGAAUAAUUUCAAAUAAAUAAAUCAUGCAAGAACUGGAAGUUUCAGUUCUUAAUCACUAUGAAAAA